CACCUGCGCCCGCCCGCAGCCACCAUGGCAGCUGCCAGCAUGUCUGGCCCAGACAUCGAGACGCCGUCUGCCAUGCGGCCAGAUGACGCCAGUGUGGCCCGCAAUGUAGGGGUGACCAUCCUGAAGAUGAUCGAGGAGGUGGGCGCCAUCAUCAGCACCUGGCCUUGCAACAGCCAGAACAGGGACCACUGUGUGGCCACUCUGGCUCGAGUCCAGCACACUGACUUCCUGUGGCCCAUGUGCAUCGGUGAGGUGGCCCACAUCAGCACAUUGAUCACCUACACCUCCAAGCACUCAGUGAAGGUGCAGGUCAACGUGAUGUCCGAAAACAUCCUUACAGGUACCAAAACUACCAAUAAAGCCACCCUCUGGUAUGUGCCCCUGUCGCUGAAGAACAUGGACAAGGUCCUCGAAGUGCCUCUUGUUGUAUAUUUACGGCAGGAGCAGGAGGAGGAGGGCCAGAAGCGAUACAAAACCCAGAAGCUGGAGCGCAUGGAGACCAAGUGGAGGAAGGAGGACGUCGUCCAGCCAGUCCUCAACCCAGAGUCGAACACUGUCAGCUACAGCCAGUCCAGCUUGAUCCACCUGGUGGGGCCUUCAGACUGUACCCUGCACAGCUUCGUGCAUGAAGGCAUGACCAUGAAGCUCACGGACGAGGUCGCCGGGAUGGUAGCUGCACGCCACUGCAAGACCAACCUCGUCACAGCUUCCGUGAACGCCAUUAAUUUUCACAAGAUCAGAAAAGGCUGCAUCAAGACCAUCUUGGGACGCAAGGCCUUCACGAGCAAUAAAUCUGUAGAGAUAGAUGUCUUGGUGGAUGCCAACUCUGUUGCGGAUAGCUCCCAGAAGCGCUACCAGGCCGCCAGUGUCUUCACGUAAGUGUCACUGAGCCAGGAGGGUGGGUCGCUGCCCAUGCCCCAGCGCUUGCCCGAGACCCAGGAUGAGAAGAAGCGCUUUGAAGAAGGCAAAGGGCGGUACCUGCAGAUGAAGGCGAAGUGGCAGGGCCACAUGGAGCCUCAGCCCUAG